AUGCUCAGCGAGGGCAUCGACUACAGUGCUCGUGGCGAGCCAUGCGGCUACGCAGUUGGUGAUCGGACUGAGCUGCUCGCUGGGGAGCAGCUGGCGAUGGCUUUCUACAUGGCCCACAAGCAGGACCCCAAGAAUACACAUGUUGAGCGGUGUCUUGCUGAAGGCUAUAAGGUUGCCGUCUGGCCUCGCAACAUGCCGAUCGAGGUGACAAUGGAGAUCGUCAAGCAUAUGAACAAGUUCCAUGACGGCAUCGCCAACACGCCCGCAGACAUGACCACGUCUGUUCCACAUGUCGAGGCAGGUUUUGGCAACUUCCUCGAUGCCCACAAGCAGUCAUCUCGAACAGUCGCGACCAAGGGGCAGUACUCCUACCACAACUUGUAUUCAAAGUACGUCAAGGAGAACUACGGAGAGAAGUAUUCAACCAAGUGGGAGUGCUACAACGCCUCCAAGAUAGUGUACCAUGCCAUGGCCAAGUGGGACCUGACCGAGGAGUUUUCCGAAUGGCUGGACGAUGCCGCGGGCGUCACUGACCUGCAUAUCUACCAGGACAUGUACAAGAGCAUCGAGUGCUGCCGUGCCUGGGUUGCCGCCAUGUCGAAGGGCCGUGCGUUCUUCGAGACCCGCGCUGAUCUUCAAGUGUGGGGGAGCAUGUUGUUCGUCGGGUUUGGAGCGUGCUUCCCCAUGGACGGUGGCAGCGAGGCGGGCGAAAUCAUUGACGGGGUGUGGCCGUUGACUCAGAAUUUCAGGGGCAAGGCCGCAAACGAGAUCGACGACCUCCUGGCUCUGUUGACGCAGACAGUUCCUGGGGCGACGGCUCGCGCGAGCCAGAGAGAGAAGGCACCCAAGAAAGAUGGACAGGCAGCCAAGAGAAGGCGCACGGCCAAGAGCGCCGCCGACCAUGCCACCGACGCUGGUGCCAACGUUCUGACGACGGACGACGCGAAGACAGCGCUGGCUCGGGAGCGAGAGGCUCGGGAGCGAGAGUCUGCCGAGCCAGCAACGUGGAUCCAGACGUACAAGGCAGCUGUGGUCGCGCCAUUCAACUACUUCCUCCAUGGGUCCAUGGGCCUCUGCUGCAAAGGUCGCAUCCUCGACCAAUCGGCGCGAGUUGCGCUCACGCACCUCUUCGGCGGACCCAGCGAGACCUACCGCAGAUGGGGCCAGUGCCACAAGGCCAUCGGCGAAGGAGUGGUUCGGUCGCGCCUAGAAUUCCGCAGCGAUGCUGCCCUCGAGCAUUUGCCUGCUGUCGAGUGUGGCUUCUCCCUCCAGGCGCACGUGGCCGAGGUGUCCCAAGUUGACGCUGGGCCCGACAUCCAGAUGGACUCGCCAGAGAGGAAGCAUGGGAAGCAAUCUGUGGAAGGAGAUCAACCAGCCCUCGUUCGCCGCGCUCGGAGGUUCAAGCGGCUUUUCGUGGGCGCCACGAUGAUGAUGCGCCCCCGAGCUUUUACGAACGGCUGCGGGCUUGACACGGAGUGCGGCUGGAAAUCUGCGCCCGUGGUGAAGGAGAUGAUUGCGCACAUUGCGCAUGGCAGCAGUGGCUUCGACGGUCUGACGCUUGAGGGCGCGCUCGAGCGCAUCUGGGAGCACGCGACGAAGAUCUUCGAGGCCGAUUGGUUGCGCAUGGCCAAGUUGAGCGCCCAGCCGAUCCACCGCCAGGACACCUCGCGAUGGAGACAGGAGGGCGAGGGCGAGGACGCGCCCCCCGCCGACGGUGACAUGAGGGACACGAUCGACGAGAUCUUCGUCGACUGCGACGGUGCCUGCCGCUUCUUCGCCAUGCGCUCCAGGAUGGUCGCGAUCGCUGUCCAGGAGGCGCGCGGUGGAUCCCUUCCAGGCAGCGCGACGGCCCGCGUCGAGAAGCUACUUGCGUCGGCUUCCGACGCCGACGCGAAGCUGCUCCAGGUCGCCGACGCGACCACCAUCGCGAAGGAGUCCGAGAGGGUGACCUUCUGGCUCAGCGUGCGUGGAGAUGAUGAUGACGCCGACUCGGCUGCCGCGGCGUCAUCGGCAGGCGGGGCGAGUGGAGACGGCGACAGCCUGAGCCCUGAAGCUCCCAAGCCCCCGCAGGAGGCGACGGCAGAUGCAGCGGGCGAGCCAGCGACCCAGACGGGAAAUACCACCAACAAUGAGGAGCAGGCGCAGCUCGUGCCCGUGAAGGUUGAGGGCCACGAAGCAGCGAAAGCGCCCUUGGACACGCAGAAACGCUACAUCGGAGAUUUCUUGUCUCAGCCACUUGUUGGAUGCACGCUUUCCCCCACCAUGCUCAAGAUCAUAAUGUCCCAGCUUGCCGUCGGCAUCCUGAAGAGCACACGCUUCAACUACCUGGGGGACGUCGUGCUUGCGCCGAGCGAGACCGCCUUCCUCUUGACCGAGAUCGGCGGGCUCAAGGUGAGCAUGGAUGGCAAGAACUACCAGUCCCCUUUCAACCCGUUCAUGACCCCUACAUGGGCAGUUCCCGACAUGAAGAAGCAGGGUGGCAAGAAGGUAGCGGCGGCGCCAGUGGAUGCUGGGGCCGACGUUCGCGCAGAUGGCGAGUGGGCUACCCUGGACACGCGGCGGGGCCUGAAGGAGAUCAAGCUGAAGGCCUGGAUGUUCUACCUGACGCCCCACCCUGAUGCGCUCGGGCUCAAGGGCGCGAUGCUUGUCAAACCGAAAACGCCAGAGGAAUACUCCGUCAGUAAGGCUGUUCAGAGAGAGUCGAAGGGACUCUAUGAUGUGCGCCAGGCCGAGAAGCGUGCCGCCUCCAACGCAGCUGCGGCCAGCGCAGCGGAGAAGGCGAAGCCCGUGGCCAUCCCGAAGGGAACGGCCAAGGGCCACGCUAAAUCCAUGGGCGGCGUAAAGGCCUGCCCCAAGUAUUUGUGCAUGUGA